AUGAUGAAUUCCACACGACCGGGUAUCGGGAAGGUCUUAUAGCAGGAAAGGAAGCUUCAUCUCAGGAGGGGUUCAAUAUUGGUUUUAAACAAUCAGUCCUUGCUGGUUAUAGCUGGGGUGCUGUAAGAGGUGUUACGAGAUGAGUUAAAAGAGAAGCUAGUUGAAAAGCUAGAAAAACGUAAUGAACUCCAUGGGAUGCAUGAAUCUGUGCAUUCUGUGUCAACAGCAGAUGUCCUUAGAUUCUUUCAUGAAGACAUCAAAGCAAAAGAAGCUUUAGAACAGAGCAAAGAUGUAAAGGUUAGCCCCUGGCAAACUUCACAUGUUUCUCAUUUGAGAAAUUAUCACCAACAACUUGAAUCUCUGAUUCAUGAUACACCUACCAUGGACAUUCAUUUACCUGAGCCAAAAUAGAAGGUGUUCUACCUGGUGUUUAAAGCUGUUUAGCUUAGAUGAUAUGAGAUUAUUGUGAUAUCUUCCAUGUGCAUGAUUGUAAAAUUUAUUAUAUGUUUCGCAUAAAAUAAAUACAGGCAAUUUAGUUCCCAAACCAGUGAAUUCAAUCAUGAUGCUUACAUGAAGUCAUAUAUGACUCCUCCUUGUUCUCUCUUCUUUUUUUGAUUUUAUAUUGAUAGUAAGCCUAUUCAGAUCAAUUAAUUAAUCAGAUGCUAUCGAAACCUAGGUGCUGCUAUAAUUUUUUGCACUCAUGAUGGUUUCUUUAUUGGCUACAAGACCUCAAAAGACUUGAUCCUUUUCUUGUAUUCAUUUGUUACAAACGACCAUUAGCUAAUCCAAUUUGUAUUUGAUGAUGAUAAAGAUAAAGUAAAAAUAAAAUAUAUAAAGCAUAUAAAUUAGUUAUACUUCUUAAUGAUACAAAUAUUGUGAAAUCAACAGCUCAGGAUUCAGGAGCAUAAGUGCCCAUUGUUUAUCAGAUAACAUAAAAAAACAAAAAUAGAAGUGCUUCGAACACAGCUUGGGAAAGCAAACACUCAACAAUAUUGAAUAGUUUUUGUGAACCAAUUCCAUACAGCUUAGCAGGAGCCACAAAUUCCAGUAUUUUUGUUUCACUCUCCAUGUAAGAGCCAUGCCUCAUUCUCGUAUCCUGGCAAUUUGAAUUGUCUCAAAGCUUCAUAACCGAGUUCUUCACCGUAAUAAUAAUCCUGCAGAUUACUCCUAAUCAUUUCUUUUCCUGGUUGUAUUACUCCUCAGCUUAAGAAUGCAAGAUCGAACUUCAACUUGUUUAACUUCAAAAGCAUACCCAAUGUAAUUAUUAGCUUGUAGUUGGUGAAUAAGGUUUUAAAUUGUGAAAUCAUGUGUUGUUGAAAGAUGAUACAUUGAUACCGAAUAAAAAAGGCCUAUUUGGUUUACCUCGGCAACAAACAUCACCAGAGUGUGUGCCAUCUGCCAAGGAGGAGUCAUAUAUGAUGAAGUCAUAUAUUACUCUGAUAGAGAGGCGCCCACUACUAAUAGGUUUGGACUGUGUUACAAAAGGAGAGGUAAGUAGAGGUCAAGUAGAAGUGUUUUAGGAGUUGUUACGAUAUCCAGCUGGCUGAUAGGUUGUUAUAAAUAGCUAGGUUAUAGUUAGUUGAGGGAGGAUAGUUUUUCUGUUGUGAAUUCUGUUAGAGGUUGGAGAGAAUCUCUCUCUCUCCGAGUUGGUAGUUCCAGCUGUGUAGAACCUUCUAGGGAGAGCUAAUUGGCCAUCCCGGUGUAUCAAUAAAGCUUGAUCAUUCUGCUAUUGCUGGUCCUAUCAACUGGUAUCAGGAGCUUGAGGAUCCCAACGCUAAAUGGUACAAUCGAGAUCGAGGAAAUUGGAGUCACGAUUUGACACAAUUGAAUCGCGCAUGGAGGAGAUGUUCCGAUCGGUGCAGGAGACGCUAUAGCGCUUCGAUUCCCGAAUAGAUGCGUUCGAAAAUCGCGCACCUAAUCGGAAUGAGCGGGGUUCACCGGGAUCGCACCUGGCAGUAGGCUCAUCGGCCGGAAGCCGAGGCACGUUGGAGCAAUGGCGAAAGCUGGAACUCCCGAUCUUCCGCGGAGACGACGCGGUGGUUUGGGUUGAACGCAUGGAGCAAUUCUUCUUGCUGCGCACAGUGCCAGAGGAGGAAUGGCUCACAGUCGCUACCUUUGCAAUGGAAGGAAGGACAUUCACGUGGUUCAGGUGGUGGGAGGACGGCGCCGGUGCUGCAGUGGCGGUUUUUCAGUGCGGCGCUGCUACGCCAUUUUCAACCGGAACAGCUACAGAGCCCUUAUCAAGCGCUGCUGAAGCUGAAACAGACGAACUCAGUGCAAGGCUACGUUGACCAGUUCGUGCUUCACGCGCGGCCCCUCCGUGGAAUUGCGCCAGAAUUGCUGAUGGAUCUCUUCUUGAAUGGGCUGAAACCAGAGGUGGGGGAAGAAUGUAAACUGUUCCCAUACCAGUCAGUGGACGAGUUAAUGGAACUGGCACAGAAGGUCGAAAACCACAACGCUGCCUUGCGGGGGGUAUCGGGAUGCGGUAAACCACUGGCUCCUAACUUCGCCGUUGCCAAUUCAACUGCCACCAAAGCGGUGCACCCUGCUAUAGCGUCCAACUCUGCAGCAAACAACAGUGUGGAGUCGACGACGGAUCCCUUGCAACGGCGCAGAUUGAGACAUCUCAGCAACGAGGAAUAUAGAGCUAAGCGGCCAAGGGGGAAUGCUUCCUCUGUGACGAACCAUACACUGCAGAUCACAGUUGCAAGAAUAGAGAGUUCAAGCUUUUAAUCAUGGAGACAGACUUUGAAGCGGAUUGGUUACAGCAUGAGGCAGUUCCGGAAACAGGGGAACAGGGACAAUUGGAGCUCAAAUUCAUGAGCUUGAGUGGACAUCACAAGUCAAUCAAAGCCUGGGCAGAGGUAAAUGGCCGCCGUGUACGCGUUCUCAUAGAUUGUGGAGCUUCGGACAACUUCGCGACACCAGAGAUUAUCGCCGAGUUAGGCCUGAGAAUUAACAACACCCCUAAGUUCCAGGUCAGGGUAGCGGACAGUACCAACAAAGGGGGACAGGGAAGGUGUUUGGGUGUCACGCUCCAAUUCAAGGAAGUGGCAAUCAAGGAAGACUUCUUCAUCUUCCCAACUGACGAAGCAGAAUUUGUCCUGGGACUGGCGUGGCUAGAUAAGUUGGGAGACGUUCUCGCAAACUUCAGAAAAUCACGCCUUCGAUUUCAGAAUGGGGACAGCAUGGUUACAUUGCAGGGGGACCCGGAGUUGUGCUAUGGAGGUAUGCACCUUCAAUCUGCAGUUUUGUCCAUUCAAGAAGGGGGAGAAGGAUUUAUGGUCCAGCUGUGGCCCAUGACUUUGCAAGCGGCUACAGUAUCGCAGGUGCCGCAGGUAAUCGAUUCGGUGUUAGCUUCUCAUGCUAAGGUGUUUCAGACACUACCAGGGCUGCCACCACAUCGUUGCCAUGAUCAUGCCAUUCCACUGAUAGAAGGAGCUUCAGUUCCGAAUAUAAGACCUUAUCGUUACCCGCACCAUCAGAAAGCAGUAAUUGAACUAAUGGUACGAGAAAUGAUGGCCUCAGGGAUAAUUCGACCAAGCUUCAGCCCCUAUGCGAGUCCGAUAUUGCUGGUGAAGAAAAAGGACGGCAGCUGGAGAUUUUGUGUCGAUUAUAAGGCAUUAAAUGGUAUUACGGUGCCGGAUAAAUUUCCUAUUCCCAUCAUUGAUGAGCUACUCGAUGAAUUGGCUGGAGCUGCAGUCUUCUCUAAGCUGGAUUUAAAAUCGGAGUACCACCAAAUUCGGAUAAGAGAUCAAGACAUCCACAAGACCGCCUUCCGCACUCAUGAGGGCCAUUAUGAGUUUCUAGUCAUGCCCUUCGGCUUGACCAACGCCCCUAGCUCCUUCCAAGCCUUGAUGAAUGACAUUCUUAAGCCUCUAUUGCGGAAAUUUGUCUUAGUCUUUUUUGAUGAUAUCCUCAUCUACAGUCAGGAUAUGGAUAGCCAUGCCCUUCAUCUCCAACAAGUUUUCCAGAUUUUAGUGGAGAACCAACUGGUGUUGAAUGAGAAGAAAUACACGUUCGCAGUGAGCUCGGUGGAGUACUUGGGCCACAUUAUCUCGGCACAAGGGGUCUCGGCGGAUCCUAACAAAACCACAGCGAUGCUAGAGUGGCCAGUGCCUACGGACCAGCGAGCUUUACGGGGAUUCUUGGGCCUUAUCGGCUAUUAUAGGCGGUUUGUGCAAGGAUAUGGGGUAAUCGCCAAGCCGUUAACAGAGUUGACAAAGUGAAAUGCGU